GGUGGCACUCUUGUCACUCAGGGAAGCUGAACUGAGCAUAGAGGUGUUGUGAAGCUUGAAGCAAAGAAGAAAAUGGCGAUAACACUCAACAGCGGCUUCAAGAUGCCUAUCAUUGGACUUGGUGUGUGGCGCAUGGAAUCUCAACAAGUCAAGGAUCUCAUCCAUAAUUCCAUUAAAAUUGGUUAUCGCCACUUUGAUUGUGCUGCUGAUUACAAGAACGAAGCAGAGGUUGGAGUGGCGCUUAAAGAGGCCUUUACUAGUGGUCUUGUUAAGAGGGAGGACCUUUUCAUUACCACCAAGCUUUGGAAUUCUGAUCAUGGACAUGUUAUUGAGGCCUGCAAGGACAGUCUCAAGAAGCUUCAAUUGGAUUAUCUAGAUUUGUAUCUGGUUCACUUCCCUGUUGCUACAAGGCACACUGGUGUUGGUACAACUGAUAGUGCUUUGGGUGAGGAUGGGGUGUUGGACAUAGAUACCACUAUAUCCCUGGAAACUACCUGGCGUGCUAUGGAAGAUCUUGUUUCGAUGGGCUUGGUUCGUAGCAUUGGAAUCAGCAAUUAUGAUAUCUUCUUAACUAGAGAUUGUUUAGCAUAUUCCAAGAUAAAGCCUGCUGUGAAUCAGAUUGAAACCCACCCAUACUUCCAGCGUGAUUCGCUUGUCAAGUUUUGCCAGAAGCACGGGGUUUGUGUCACAGCCCAUACUCCUCUUGGAGGUGCUGCGGCUAAUACAGAAUGGUUUGGUACAGUUUCAUGUUUAGAUGACCAAGUUCUAAAGGGUCUGGCUGAAAAAUACAAAAAGUCUACUGCACAAAUUGCUCUUCGUUGGGGCAUUCAAAGGAACACUGUUGUCAUUCCUAAAUCAUCGAAAUUGGAAAGAUUGAAAGAGAAUUUCCAGGUGUUUGAUUUUGAGCUAUCUAAAGAGGACAUGGAGCUCAUCGGAAGUAUGGACAAGAAAUAUAGAACUAACCAACCAGCCAGGUUUUGGGGAAUCGAUCUUUUUGCUUGAGUCUAUGGUUCCCUUUUUUAGGAUCUUUCUUUCUUUUUUGUUGGCAUGUAUGAUCUUUAAAAUACCCAUAUACAUCACGGUUCUUGAAUCUCUAGAUUUGAAUUAUCAUUAAACUUUGUAAAAGCCAAUCUUUUUAAGCCCCAUUAGAUUUGCUUAUCUGAACUAUGCUUGGUGAUGACUAAAAAAUCAUCUGAGGCAAUAGGUGCCCUAAAUAAGAAUCCAGAAAAUUUUAGUUGCUCAA